CUCGCGGGGCCCGCGGCCGCCCGCGCUUUUCAAUGGGCAGCUCGCACUUGCUCAACAAGGCCUGCCUCUCGUAAGACUUCGAGCCCGAACCCGAGCCGACGCAGGCCUAGUGGGUGCCGUGGAUCGGAAGCCGGGCGCUGUGCUCGGAGACUGCCAUGCGGCUCCACGCCCGGAUUCUGAAGACAGAGCUUUGAACAGGCGAAUUCAUGGUCGUGGAGACCCCGCCCGUGGCGAGGGAUGGCAGGCGUCCGACCUCCGAUCAUGAACGGGCCCAUGCACCCCCGGCCCCUGGUGGCCCUGCUCGACGGCCGGGACUGCACCGUGGAGAUGCCCAUCCUGAAAGACGUGGCCACCGUGGCGUUCUGUGACGCGCAGUCCACGCAGGAGAUCCAUGAGAAGGUGCUGAACGAGGCCGUGGGCGCCCUCAUGUACCACACCAUCACGCUGACCAGGGAGGACCUGGAGAAGUUCAAGGCCCUGCGCGUCAUCGUCCGCAUCGGCAGCGGCUUCGACAACAUCGACAUCAAGUCGGCCGGGGACUUGGGCAUCGCCGUGUGCAACGUGCCCGCGGCGUCCGUGGAGGAGACGGCGGACUCCACCCUGUGCCACGUCCUCAAUCUGUACCGGCGCACAACGUGGCUGCACCAGGCGCUGCGGGAGGGCACGCGGGUGCAGAGCGUGGAGCAGAUCCGUGAGGUGGCCUCGGGGGCCGCGAGGAUCCGCGGGGAGACCCUGGGCAUCAUCGGACUGGGCCGUGUGGGGCAGGCUGUGGCGCUGCGGGCCAAGGCGUUCGGCUUCAGCGUGCUGUUCUACGAUCCAUACCUGCCGGACGGCGUGGAGCGGGCGCUGGGGCUGCAGCGCGUGGGCACCCUGCAGGACCUGCUGUUCCACAGCGACUGCGUGACGCUGCACUGCGGCCUCAACGAGCACAACCACCACCUCAUCAACGACUUCACCGUGAAGCAGAUGCGGCAGGGGGCCUUCCUGGUGAACACAGCGCGAGGCGGCCUGGUGGAUGAGAAGGCCUUGGCCCAAGCCCUCAAGGAGGGCCGGAUCCGCGGCGCGGCGCUGGACGUGCACGAAUCAGAGCCCUUCAGCUUUAGCCAAGGCCCCCUGAAAGACGCACCCAACCUCAUCUGCACCCCGCACGCCGCGUGGUACAGUGAGCAGGCGUCCAUCGAGAUGCGGGAGGAAGCGGCCCGCGAGAUCCGCCGUGCCAUCACAGGCCGGAUCCCAGACAGCCUGAAGAACUGUGUCAACAAGGACCACCUGACAGCUGCCACUCACUGGGCCAGCAUGGACCCCGCCGUGGUGCACCCCGAGCUCAACGGGGCUGCCUACAGGUACCCCCCAGGCGUGGUGGGCGUGGCCCCCACCGGCAUCCCAGCUGCGGUGGAGGCAUCGUUCCCAGCGCCAUGUCCCCUGUCCCAUGGCCUGCCGCCUGUGGCCCACCCGCCGCACGCCCCCUCCCCCGGCCAAACUGUCAAGCCCGAGGCGGACCGAGACCACUCGAGCGAGCAGUUGUAGCGGGGGAUCCCGGCCGCGGGGCGGGCGGCGCCGG